AUGAGUUCUCAGAAAUCAAUGUUAAACGAAGGAGGAGAACCCAUUGAUAUCCAUGGCAAUGGACUGAUCGACAUUGAGGGAGUGGUGACCGAAAGAGGGUGUACCGGAGUACAAUCUCAGGAGGACAUUGGCCAAGCUAGUGUCACCGAAAAGCUGCAUAGGCAAACCCCUAUAGGCGUUGUUGAAGGCAGGGUGCCAUGGGCACCACUGGUUAGAGGUCGAACGGAAUACAAGGGAGGCACUGAAGGCGAGGCUACGGGCAUCAUGGGCGUCGUUGAGCAUGGUGGAGGCAUUGAUGGCAUCGGCGGGCAAGCCCCCAUAGGCACUUUUGAGGCCGGGGCGCCUGGCAUUCUUGAGCUAGGCUCUACGAGCGCCCUCUAUCAAGGCACCAUGGGCAACCUCAAGCGAGUGGGGUCCCAGUCUGGUAGGGCUGAUUGUGGAUCUAAUCCGAUGCUCCUUAGUGUUAGGCAAGAAUUGACGGUCGUGAGGGAGGCGUCGAUAGGUACUGGGCAUAACCAGGCAGGCACACAGGCAGUUCUAAUGGGUACUAGGCGCAGUCAGAUUGGAUAUCGUGAUGGUCUCAUGAUGGGGAAAGAAGCAUCUGCACAAGAGGGGUUUAAUAUUGGCUUCAGGGAAUCCAUGUCUGUUGGGUUCAACUGGGGUUUUGUCAAAGGCGUUACUAGUGAAAGGUUGGUUGGAAUGCAGGAAAAGAGAAACAAGUUCCUAUGCUUGUAUGAAUCCGUGCAUUCUCUUUCAACGACAAGUGCACUGAAAUUGUUCAAUGAUAAGCUGACAAACAAAUCAGUUGAACAUAAUCAUAAUGCGGAGUCCAGUUCCCACACAGCUGAUCUGCAUGAUCAGAGAGGGAUAGGAGAAUUGGAGAGGAGUGGGGUUCAAGCUGCCUUCAGCAGCCGUGGUAAUUUAUAUGAACUUGUAGAACUGGAGUCUAUUGUAGAGAAAUGUGAUUCACUCUAUCUUGAUUAA